CCUUGUCCUCGCCCUCUUUCUUUUUUUUAUCUUCUUCCUCUUCCCUCGCGCUUCUUAUUUUUCUUCUUCUUGUUCUUCCUUUUCAAGCUUCGGUUCUCGCCCACCAACCUACCUCCCAGGGCCAAUCCUCACCAUCACAUUCAAUUUCCCCAACCGUUUCCCACCCCCUCCUCCUCCACCUCCACCUUCACAUUGUCCCCGCCGCGGGUCCCCCGUGGCGACUCCCGCGGUCGCAGACUUGUCGCUCGACUCGCGAAAUUCAUAAAAAUAUCAAUUACCCAGCCCAGGUUAUUCUACGACGAUCUCCGUCCCCCAAUAUGAGUGCUGGCGCCAGUCGUCAGGGCAGCCGAUCCCAGGAGGAGCUAUUUCUGACUACCACUACACCGCGGCCCUCGCAACCUGAGUCGCCGGUCAUUGAACCACUACGCAUUAGCAAACGAGAGACUCCUUCGCCGGCCUCGUCAAACGGUAUCGUUCUGCCCUACCCGGACGACCGACAAAGACCCCAACAAAUCCGAACCUCGGGUUCCAGUGGUUCCAGUCCAAUCAGCCAAGGAGCAGUUUCAUGCGACUCCCCCACUGUUCCCAAUCAUAUCUCGUCACGGCCUUCGGGGUAUCCCGCAGCCCUGCGGCCGCGGGAUGGUCGCGAACCAAAGCAAGCUACUCUAGCUGAGCGCCGAGGAAACGUCCCAAAGCCGCUCCCGGAAUCUCCAAGUGGCGAUUCUCCAGACAGGGAAGGAUUAUUUGCUAGGAUUCACCCACGAUUCCCAAGCCCUGCAGCACCAACUGACGGCGCACACUCUCAGCAUGUUGUUCCCGAACAACAACAUCAGCCGUACUAUCCGCCUCCACAAGCAUCCUCGAGACCUGCCGUCUCGCAGACUAAUCUGCAGCCGAAUAGCACGAUCAACCGGAUCAGCUCCACGGCCUCGAAUUCGACUACUCGUGCUCAACGUGGCUCGCCCCCGCCACCAGAGACUCCGGUGGUCGAGCCGGGGCAACAUCCCGCCUCGGACAUCGAGGCUCGAUAUGCAGCUUCCGGGAUAGCUGGGACUUCGACAUUGGCCGGCUUACAGGCGCAAAGUGCCGCCGCGCAGAGAAGAGCAGAGCAAUAUGUCGGUCAGCAGCCCCGAAACCGACAGCCAGCACCUCCGAUUCCGCGGCCAUGGACCCCGACUGAACAGCCCGGCACGCAACCUCAUGGACCACCUACCGUUUAUCAAGGGGCGGGGGUUGUGUCGGACGAGAAUCGUCCACCAAGUAGACCAACAGCAGGGACACCUUUUCAGGCUGCAUCAGCUCAGCAACCCACAAGAAUUCCUCCAAAUGCUCUGGAACAUGACCUCGAGCGGAUGCGCAUCAGCUCAUCCCCGCCACCUGCCUAUUCGAGUGUAUCAGGACCCGCAAGCUCCCAAGCCUAUCCCGCCGAGAAGCAGCGCGCUCCGGUAUCAGCAGGAGAGCCACUCGCUGCAGACCCUCGCCUUACGACUACAAGUCCCUUGAGUAGUGCCGCUUCGGUCCCCGCACCAGUGGAAUCCGCUCAUCCAGCAUUUGCAAACGAUCUACGAAGGCAGGAAUCGCUGGCGUCGCCGCCCGAGAAUGACAGGCAAACGUCUUCGUCCCAGAACGGUCAUCACCCCAUUCUCCAACAGGCUCAGGUCAACACUCUAGCCUCGUCCUCGUCCUCUGGGCUUCCACCAGCUUCUCCGCCACCACUACCCGAAGGAUGGAUCGCUCACCUGGAUUCCAACUCGGGGCAAUAUUAUUACAUUCAUCUGCCGACCCAAUCCACCCAAUGGGAGUUUCCCAAAGGACCAACGCCGUUGAAUCUCAAUGAAACCCCUUUGUCGCCGGUGGGUAGCGUGUAUAGCAGUCAUCCCUUGGCUUCGCCGGUAUUUUCGGCGUUUGGUAAACCAUUGACAUCUCCUGGUCUCCCUCUGACACCAGGAUAUGAAAGCCUGCAAUCCCCGAUUGUGGCAGGGUUCAGCGGCCCGCCCCCAAGUAGUGGGAUUGAUUUAUACAAAGUUGCACCUACCAACGGCGUAUACUUUGGCCCGUAUCUUCGCUACACUAAUAUGGAUGUGGAGCGGGGCAUCUGGAUGGGCUCCAUUCUUCUGGUCACUGAUGCGGCACAACCACCUACAAUACAUAUUCAUCAGAGCAUUGACCUUUCACCAAAUCCGCGCCAACUGAAAGCAACACCUAUCGCUGUGCACCGGCGGUGGACCUUCUAUAAGUACGAGAUCGAUCUACAGAUGGAUGAAGCCGGGCCUGCUAAAUGGACAUACGCCAUCACGUCUCACCUGGGCUGCACACGGUAUGAGUUCCUGAUCGCUGGACGAUACGAUACCGGCUGGCGCUUCAUCAAUACGUCCGGGAACGAUUUCUCAUUGAAUGUGAAUGCAAAUGAACGGUCCCGUCUUGGGGGUAUAGGGUUCAUGUGGAAAGACAUUAUGCAGAAACACAACGAGAUCGGUGGCUUCCAUGUUCAGCUAUGCCUUGGAGGCCAGAUCUACGCUGAUCGGAUGUGGAAGGAGGUUUCAUGUCUGAAGCAAUGGCUUGCAAUGAGCGGGAAAGAAACCCGAAAAAGUGCGCCGUGGACCACAGCCCAUGAAGAAGACGUUUCCCAUGCUUACUUCCAUUACUACACGAGUCAUUUCGAUCAGCCCUAUCUACGCGAAUCAUUCGCCCAGAUCCCAUAUGUCUGCCAGAUCGACGAUCAUGACAUCUUCGACGGAUAUGGCUCUUACCCGGAGCACAUGCAGUUCUCGAAUAUGUUCAAGAAUAUAGGCCGAGUUGGAACGGAGAUGUAUUUGCUCUUCCAGCAUCACACCACACUCGAUUUGCUCCGCAGCUCUAGAACUGACACCGAUUUAUUCACAAUCACUGGCACGGGCUGGCAUUUUGUUAAAUUUCUGGGACCGGCCGUGGUCGUCGUUGGGCUAGAUUGCCGAUCAGAGCGCAACCCACAUCAGGUUAUAGCUGGACCAACCUACCAAGGCAUCUUUCCUAAAGUGGCUAUGCUUCCUCCUACUGUACAGCACUGUCUCUGGAUGCUUUCGGUGCCUAUCAUCUAUCCGCGGCUAGAAACAGCAGAACAUAUAGCGCACACCGUUGCAACAGGGAAGCGAGCCGUGACUGGGGCAUACAAUGUUCUUGGGAAAGUCACCAGCUCUGUGGCUGGCGUGGUCGGAGCCAAGGAUAUGGUAGGCUCCGGCUUCAACUCUGUCAAGCGUGCUGUAGGGAAAUCCGGCCUCAUGGGGGGCAUCCUUAGUCCGUUCGGGGAACUGGACCUUCUGGAUGAGCUUCGAGACCAAUGGACGCAUGAAUCCAAGGACCUCGAGCGGACCUAUCUGAUCCGCACCCUCCAGGGCAUCUCUCACCAGAAGUCUUUGCGCAUGACAUUCCUCUCCGGCGCUAUGAAUGCCUGCGGUGCUGGACUAGUACAUGAUCCAGCCCAUUCGUCGAACCAUAAGACAAUGUAUCAAUUAAUAUCGUCGCCGGUUGUGAACAGCCCCCCGCCCUCAUAUAUAAUGAAAAUGCUUCACAGCAACAACAAACCCCUCUAUAUUCCAGCCAACGGUCACCGUUCGACACCAUCACAGCCAACUGACACUAAGGAAGAUAUGAUGGAGAUUUUCCAGUCCGAUGUCACAGGACAAAGUCGUGAGCAUCGCAAGCUGAUGGGCCGUCGAAAUUAUGUGGCCAUCGUUGCCUAUGACCCGGACGCUGUGAACACGAUGUAUGGGCAGGCUGUUGCAAGCCAUGGAAGCGGAAAACUUAACCUUGCCGCCGACUUCAUGGUCCAGGGAGACGGAACGUUUGGGGCCGUUGUAAAAUAUGGACCGGUGAUUGUCCCUAGCCUAGAGCCUGGACAAUGAACUGGACAAACAUGAGUCUUAUAUUUUACUCUCUCUCUCGCCCCGCCUUCAUUUCUGAUUUCCUUCAUCCCUCUCUUCUGUUCUAAUAUUCCUUUCACUUUCUUUAUCCUCUUCCAUCUAUUCUCUUGAUAAACGGCACUGUUACUAAAGCUCUGUUCGCGAGGCAUUUGGUAUAAUCUACUUGGAGCAUGCAUGAUCGAGUCAUCCGUCCUUCCAUUAGCCAGUCGUCUUAUGAUACUAGCGACAAGAUAUCUACUCAAUUUCUGCAUUGCUGAUAAUCAAUUAUGUCAAGG